AUGACCACCCAAUCGGCUUCAAAAUUCUCUUUACUCUUGCUCAUGCUGAGUCUUUCAUCGCCGAAACCAUGUUUGUCAAUGGAGGUAUAUCUAGAAUUCGAGCAUCAAUGGAACAACCCGAUUGUAGAGAAACCCGUAAUCUCGCAAACCAAGGCUGCUGCAACUCAAAAGGAUAAUUUGUCCAAUCCAUCAGCUAGCAGGACCAGUGUGCGAUCCAGGAAAGGGAAAAAUGCAACUGUUCCGUGCUCAUCUGGAGAGAAUGGUAGUCCUUGGCGCAAGUCUAUCUUCACGACAGACGCCGAUGCCUCUACGUCCUCCGCUAACCAGCUUUCCCCAAGAGAAGAACGAUUGCAAACAGCUCUGACGAAGGCUUUCGGUCCUGAAUACCUUAUUAGAAUCAGAGGUAUGAAUCCAUCCGCUCUUAUUCAGCCAGGUUUCUAUUCGCCAGAAGCUGGAUUUUUCGAUCUUGCACCCCGCCUGACGAAUUUCGCUGGUCACAAAAUCCUAGGAGACUUGUCCGACGAAAAUUCAAAAGAAGUCAGGAGUAUUGGAAACUCAAUCCGUGACGAAUGUAAGGUAGGACCAAUCAUUCAAAUCCGUCCUUUUCCUAAGUUACCAGACACCUUCGAUGUCUCCAAUGCUCUCGACAUACAACAGUACGGCCAGCAGUUGUCCAAAUGGCUCGAGCAGACUGAAUACGCUUGGAUCGAAAAAUUGCAUGCUGCGGAAAAUGUGUCUAGUGAAAACCGAGACACAAUGGUCUCUCAACUGGUUGAAAAAUCAACCCAAUUGAAGAGCCAUUUGGAUCGUCUCAAAGAAAUAUUGGGCCAUGAGCCAGAAGCUUUUUCAACUGCCUUCGCAAAUCGUCAAGCGUACCUCGAGGAAUUCCUGUCUGAUGAAUUGACCAACUCUCCAUUUGAAAACGGUAUACAACAUGGAUGAGGCCGUCAUGUAUACUAUAGUCAUUGCUCAAAUGGAAAA